AUGUCUUACGGAAUUGAUUUUUGGGUUCAGAAAGGGUUGAUGAACUCACGAGCCAGACCUCGAAUCAAAGGAUCCCAGUCCCAAGCGAGCCCAUUGGAUCCGAAAAGGCGUCGGCGCACUCUCGAUGCCACCUCGGAGCAGCUGGCCAGGGGAGGAGUCUUCGCGGUGGACAAGCCGGAAGGCCCCACUUCCGCAGAUGUCGUGGCGCUUGUCCUUGAGGCAGUCAUGAGUCGUCUGGGAGGUGCUGCGACGAAGGUUGGCCAUGGCGGGACGUUGGAUCCUUUUGCCUCUGGCGUCCUCGUGAUCGGCAUCGGACUUGGGACGCGGAUGCUGAAGAACUUCCUCCAUGGAAGCAAGACAUACCAAGCCACUGUGCGCAUGGGUAUUGAGACGGACACGCAGGACUCCGCUGGAACUACAGUGAAAACUGAUCCCUUUGACUGCGUGACUCGUGAAGCCUUGGAGGAGGUGAUCCCGUCCUACCGAGGCAGCAUCAUGCAGGUGCCGCCCAUGUACUCGGCUCUGAAGGUUUGGCGCACGCAGCAUUUAGCAACAAGUCUUCCCUGCCCGCUUAGCAGCUUCCAGUUUCAAGCCAUGGUGAGCCCGGCCAUGCUAAAGGGCAUGAACACGGAGGUGUACGGUGAAGGUCAUCCCUUCGGCGAUCCGUCUUGGUACCAGGCGUACAACACGCCCUACUACAACGACAGCCACAAGCAGUUCCGAAAGUUGAUGCGAGAGUACGUCGACGAGCAUAUCAUGUCCAAUGUGCAUGACUGGGACGAGAAGGGUGUCAUUCCCAAGGAGAUGUAUCUGGAAGCCGGAAAGCAGGGGACCUUGGCUUUGUGCAUCGGCCGACCUUGGCCAGAGAAGUACUACGGCAAGGCCCCAUGGGGCUUCGAGCCGGACUAUUUCCACGAGCUGAUCAUGUACGACGAGAUGUCGCGUACCGGCUCAGUUGGCUUUCAAUGGGGCAUCGCCGGAGGCACCACCAUUGGCCUACCGCCGGUAUACCACCACG